GCAAAUUAGUACUUUCACAAAGUGGGAGUACUAUUUCCGUUUGAAGGCGCAACCCUUUCCCUUUUUUUUAUAAACCGCACUAAUUUGCCUCUCUUUCCUCCAAAAAAUCCCAACCAUUUUGAUACUCUGCUCUCUCUCUCCCUUCCUUCCUCGUUGAGAUCGUCCUUCUUCACUUUCUCUCUCCUCUUCUCAUUUCUCUUUCUGGAAAAUUUAAUCAAGCAAACCUUUUCACACCCAAAAAAAUCCAGCACUACUCAAACACACCCAACAAAUUCUAAAAAAUCCAGAAAAAAUGGCAUUGAAAUUUCAACACCCAUUGACAUUUCAAUCAUCAAAAUCACCUUCUUCCUUUGCCGUCUCUCGAUCUCGUCUCCCCAGAUCUUCUCAUCGCGUUUCCAUGGCUUCCACCAUUGGAAUCACCUCCAAGGAAAUUCCAAAUGGUAAAAAGCCAUUCAUGCCUCCAAGAGAAGUACAUGUGCAGAAGACUCACUCAUUGUCUCCACAAAAGAUUGAGAUGUUCAAAUCCUUAGAAAAUUGGGCUGAGGAAAAUAUUCUGGUGCUUCUAAAGCCUGUAGAGAAGUGUUGGCAACCACAAGAUUACUUACCAGACCCUGCAUCAGAAGGAUUUGAUGAGCAAGUCAAGGAGCUGAGGGAAAGAACUAAAGAGCUUCCCGAUGACUACUUUGUUGUCUUGGUUGGGGACAUGAUCACAGAAGAAGCCCUCCCAACGUACCAGACUAUGCUUAACACAUUGGAUGGAGUUCGUGAUGAGACUGGUGCGAGUCUGUCUCCUUGGGCUAUCUGGAACAGAGCAUGGACUGCUGAAGAGAACAGGCACGGUGAUUUGUUGAACAAGUAUCUUUACCUCUCUGGACGAGUUGACAUGAGGCAAAUUGAGAAGACAAUCCAAUACCUGAUUGGAUCAGGAAUGGAUCCACAAACUGAGAACAACCCUUAUCUUGGGUUCAUCUACACUUCCUUCCAAGAAAGAGCUACCUUCAUCUCUCAUGGUAACACUGCUAGGCUAGCCAAAGAUCAUGGGGAUUUGAAAUUGGCGCAGGUGUGUGGAAUCAUUGCUGCAGAUGAGAAGCGCCAUGAAACUGCGUACACUAAAAUAGUCGAGAAGCUCUUUGAGAUUGACCCAGAUGGCACAGUCUUGUCUCUAGCUGAUAUGAUGAGGAAGAAGGUGUCAAUGCCCGCCCACUUAAUGUAUGAUGGUGUGGAUGACAACCUUUUUGAUAACUAUGCAUCCGUUGCUCAACGCAUUGGAGUCUACACUGCAAGGGACUAUGCUGACAUCCUGGAAUUUCUAGUUCAGAGAUGGAAUGUAGAAAAAUUGACAGGACUUUCAGGUGAGGGACGUAAAGCGCAAGAUUUCUUGUGUGGAUUAGCUCCAAGGAUUAGGAAACUUGAGGAGAGAGCUCAAGCUCGUGCUAAACAAACAUCCCUUGCUCCGUUCAGCUGGAUCUUUGGCAAAGAAUUGACUGUUUAAAAGGUAUGGCAGUAAAAUGAAAAGAAGACUACAUGCAUCUACCUUGCCAGUUUCUCUUUAUAGCUCAGUUUAAGUGAUGUAAUCCUUUGUCUUUCAAGAUGAUGUUGGUUGAAAGAAGUAAUAGUCAUUGUAGAUACUUUUGUUUGUCUAGUGAAAUGCAUAAGCAUUUUAAGAAUAGGGAAACCUGUAGUUUUAGUAUGCUUAAUUUUGUCCCCUACAUCCUGAGAUCUGUUGUAUGAGUGAAUUGAAUUUAUAAUCUAUGUUGGAUCUUGCCAAGCUUAAGUUAAUGACUUGUAAAAUUCAAUCUGCAA